AUGAAGUCGAGCAUAAUACUGUAUCUCUGGUUAAGCUUCAGUUCUCUGGGAGCUUUGGCUCAAUCUUCUGAGUGGGGUCAGUGCGGAGGCAUAGGGUGGAGCGGUUCUCAGACUUGUGUUGCUGGAACGGCCUGUACUACAAUUAACGCAUAUUACUCCCAGUGUCUACCUGGGACAGACCCAGUAUCUAGUUCUUCAGUCACCAGCGUCGUUCCGACUUCGGUCCCGCCGACUAGUAGUCCUACCCCGACUGCUCCCUCGAAUCCACCAGGUGCAUGUUCAACACCAUUAACACUGUCUGGUUUCAAUAACGCAGCGCUUCCCAAUCCAUUCUUGUUUAACAACGGCUCUGCUGUUCAAACUAAGGAGGAUUGGACCUGCCGCCGUGCCCAGAUCGCAGCCUUGAUCCAAGGCUACGAAGCCGGUUAUCUACCACCCAAACCUUCGACGCUCACAGGCACUCUCUCCAAGUCUGGGAAUACAGGCACUUUGUCGAUAACUGCUUCCAAUGGGGGACCCUCCAUCAGUUUCUCCUCCACUAUCACCUACCCAUCCGGUACCGCACCUGCUGACGGCUGGCCUUUGAUUAUUGCAUAUGAAGGAGGAAGUAUUCCAAUUCCGGCUGGGAUUGCUGUCCUCAAUUACGCGAAUUCGGACAUGGCCCAACAAGACACGACGGCAAGUCGGGGACUUGGCACAUUUUAUAACCUCUACGGAUCAAACGCGAAUGCUAGCGCCAUGACAGCCUGGGUCUGGGGAGUCAGUCGUAUCAUCGACGUCCUGGAAGAAACACCCGCUGCGCAGAUCAACACUGAACGUAUCGGAGUCACGGGCUGUUCGAGAGAUGGCAAAGGAGCGUUGAUGGCUGGGGCUUUUGAACCCCGUAUCGCGUUAACGAUCCCACAAGAGUCUGGUUCCGGAGGCGACGCAGGAUGGCGCAUUUCCUUGUACGAACAGAACCAAGGCUCCGUGGUUCAGACAGCCACAGAAAUCGUGACUGAAAACGUAUGGUUUUCACCAAGCUUCAAUAACUAUGUCAAUACCUUGAACGUACUACCUUACGAUCACCAUUCUCUUUUGGCUAUGGUCGCUCCUCGAGGAUUGAUUGCAUUCGAGAACACAGAUUAUGUCUGGUUGAGCCCUGUUUCCGCGUUUGGAUGCGAGACAGGUGCUCGUACAGUGUACCAGGCAUUGGGAGUUCCUGAAAACCAUGGCUUCGAGCAAGUGGGCGGACACGCACAUUGUGCUUGGCCCUCGUCCCUUACGCCAGCCUUGGAUGCGUUCAUCAACAAAUUUUUGCUAGGGCAAAAUGUUAGCACAGACGAAUGGUCGAGUAACAUGGUUUUCAACGGCGUCACCUGGGAUCAGACUCAGUGGAUCAACUGGGAGACACCGACGUUGACCUAA